GCCCCCCCGGGACCCCGGCGCCGUCGGCGGGCCCGCCCCCUGCCCUACAGCUGCGGGCGCGCGGGGAACAAGGGCGGCUUGGGCCGAGAGGCACCUGAGCGCCCCGGAGCCCGCGCGCCGCCGCACCUCGCCCGCCGGCCCGCCGCCCCGCCAUGUCCUGGGCCCUGCUCCUCGGGCUCCUGGCCGCGCUGCUGCUGCUGCUGCUGCUGAGCCGCCGGCGCACGCGGCGACCUGGCGAGCCUCCCCUGGACCUGGGCAGUAUCCCUUGGUUGGGCCAUGCGUUGGAGUUUGGAAAAGAUGCUGCCAGCUUCCUCACUAGGAUGAAGAAGAAGCAUGGUGAUAUCUUUACUGUGCUGGUCGGGGGCAGGUAUGUCACCGUCCUCCUGGACCCCCACUCCUAUGACACGGUGGUGUGGGAGUCUCGCAGCAAGCUGGACUUCCACACCUAUGCUGUCUUCCUCAUGGAGAGGAUUUUCGAUGUGCAGCUCCCACAUUACAGCCCCAGUGAUGAAAAGGCCAAGAUGAAACCGACCCUCCUCCACAGAGACCUCCAGGCACUCACGGACGCCAUGUAUAGCAACCUCCGCACCGUCCUGCUGGGUGACACCUCAGAAGCGGCCGGUGGCUGGCUCGAGAUGGGUCUCCUCGAUUUCUCCUACAGCUGCCUGCUCAGAGCUGGCUACCUGACCCUGUACGGAGUCGAAGCUCUGCCGCGUACCCAUGAGAGCCAGGCCCAGGACCGCGCCCACUCAGCCGAUGUCUUCCACACCUUCCGCCAGCUCGAUCUCCUGCUCCCCAAACUGGCACGUGGCUCCCUUUCAGUGGGGGACAAGGACCACGCGUGCCGAGUCAAAGGUCGCCUGUGGAAGCUGCUGUCCCCGGCCAGACUGGCCACACGGGCCCAGCGGAGCAGCUGGCUGGAGAGUUACCUGCAGCACCUGGAGGAGACCGGCGCGUCCGAGGACAUGCAGGCCCGGGCCAUGGUGCUACAGCUCUGGGCCACGCAGGGGAAUGUGGGUCCUGCUGCCUUCUGGCUUCUGCUCUUCCUCCUCAAGAAUCCCGAGGCCCUGGCGGCUGUUCGUGGAGAGCUCGAGCAGCUCCUCUCCAGAGCAGAGCAGCCCAUUUCGCAGAUGACUACCCUCCCCCAGAAGGUUUUGGACAGCAUGCCUGUGCUUGAUAGUGUGCUGAGUGAGAGCCUCAGGCUCACCGCCGCGCCCUUCAUCACCCGGGAGGUUGUGGUGGACCUGGCCUUGCCCAUGGCAGAUGGGCGGGAAUUCAGCCUGCGACGUGGAGACCGCCUCCUCCUCUUUCCCUUCCUGAGCCCCCAGAAAGACCCGGAAAUCUACACAGACCCAGAGGUAUUUAAAUAUAACCGAUUCCUGAGCUCUGAUGGGUCAGAGAAGAAAGACUUUUACAAGGAUGGGAAGCGACUGAAAAAUUACAGCAUGCCGUGGGGAGCUGGGCACAACCAGUGCCUAGGGAAGGCUUACGCCAUUAACAGCAUCAAACAAUUCGUGUUCCUCGUGCUGGUGCACUUUGACCUGGAGCUGAUCAACCCCGACAUGGAGAUCCCUGAAUUUGAUCUCAGCAGGUACGGCUUCGGGCUGAUGCAGCCGGAACACGACGUGCCUGUCCGCUACCGCAUCCGGCCGUGAGCUCCAGGAGCAGACGGGGCUCCGCACAUAUGCCUCCACCCAGCCUGCCCCCCAUCACCCAACUUCCUGUGUCUACGUUCGCCCUGGGUGCAGGAGCUUUGACCACCCAACGGGGCCAGCACUUUCCUGAUUUUUUCCUAGAAGGCUGUGUCCGGGGAGGGGAAUGAAGGCAUGCUGAGAGGAGGGGGUUGGAAAAGGACACCAAAAGCUUUAUGAAUUGUCUGCAGCUAUGACUGAGUUCCACAUGAGGCUCUGCUCCCAGCUCACCUUGCGCCCCCCCCACCUCCGCCAUUGUAGGAUAGCCACAGAAGCUGGGGCAGGCAGGGCAGAAGCGGAAGUUCUGCCGUGUCCCAGCUCCCCGAUAGGGCCAAGUCCUUGACAGUGCUGUGGUCCAGGUCUUAGCCAGUCAAAGCAGAUCCUGACUUUAAAAGGGCCCAUCAGGGCCUUAUGGUGUAUCUAUUGAAAUAAGCUGUGUCCCCAAAUUCUUAUUAAACUAGCCAACACCAGAGGAGUCCCUUAGAAUAUGCCUUCCCUAGGCGCCCCACUCACUAGACACAUCCCUCAUCUCCAAUCACAGUGACGCUUGAGAAAAGUCAGGAAGGUUUUCCCAAAGGUCAAGGUACAGAUCAUGAGCCCCCUGCAAAGGCCGGGCUCUGAGGAGUAGAGUUCUCUGUUCUAGACAUAAAGCCUCCAGAUGGGAGAGCUUUCCCAGGGUCGAGACUCAAGUAAGGAAUAAGGAAGACUGUCCCAACAGGAUGGUCCUGAUGGAAGGAACCAGCCAGGGCUCCUGGGAAUGGUUAAGCAAAAAAAAAAAAAAAAAAAAGAGGUGUUGGUUUUCUACGUUCUAGCUUGGGAGCUCCAGGCGCGGCGUAUGGCCCAUUGGCAGAUCUGUUUUAUCUGGCCUACGCUUAUGAAAAAAAUACAUGAGUUGUUACCAUGUCAUCUGGGGGGAGAGUUCAUUUAAAAUGCCCAGCUUCUCUUGAAAACUUGGAAGAGCGGGCUGCGCUGGGCCCAUAUUCCCAAGGGCAGCUGUUCGCCGGGCUGCACAGCAGCCCACUCCCUUACCCAGGCCAUGGGCAUUCUGGCUCACGAGGGUUUCCACGUGGUGGAAAUUUUUUUCUGCUCCAUUCACAGUCUCUCGUGGCCCUUGAAGGCAUUCCUGUUUGAGAGCCCUGUUCUGAUUCUUAGAAGUGAUAUUGGAGGAGGUGGUAGGAACCUAUUCAUUGGUCCUCAGGCCAGUGACCCUCCCUAUCUUGGCUGUGCCACCCUUUGAACGACAGAUUAAGGAUGAAAACUUGCCUUUGCCUCAGCUUUAGAGAAAAACAGGUCAAAGAGAAAAACUGCCUGGAAACAUUUAUUCUGAUGUUAAGUAUUAUAAUGAACAUCAGGUCCUGUUUACAGAGGACCCUCUAUAGGCCCAUGACAGGCACAGUGGAUGCAGUAUUUCUGCUUCUUGCAGCAUCUCUGUGAAGAGAGGACGAUUAGGCCUUCUUGAGAGAUGAGGAAAUGGGCUCAGAGAAGUGAUGUGACUUGGUAGGAUUUGGCAGAAUUAUUGUCCCAGCAGCACACGGUAGAUGGGCAGCUCUGCCUUCCUUGGGCUCAAGGGGGGUGGUGGAGGGCCAGUUCCGAUUCGCACCGGAGAGCUGACAGAGCCAGAGGCACCCCUGGCUGGCGGCGCCUCCCGAGACACAGACAUGCAUAUGCACGCGUAGCUCGGCCCCUGUAGCUCUAGCUGGAGGGAGGAGAGGACAGGAGAUCUCAGAACGGUCCAGGGGCCAGUCUCUGCUCGGAGCCGCGCCAGGGCUUGGGGGCUUCCCUGGCCCUCAGCCUCCAGGCACCUCCAGGAUUCCCAGACAGACGCUGUGAUUGGCAGGAGGCAGGAUAUCCCCAGGGAAACCCAUCUUCACGCCUGGGUGACCCCCACUGCCGCCUGCUUCUUAACUCUGCAGGAAAUCAGGGUUGGCAGCCUUCCGUGGGAGGACAGAGCCGGUUUCCAUGGCAACCGUAGCUGCCGCCUCCUGGCUUGGAAGGGAAGGAAAAGGCUGGCAGAAAUAGAUGCAGGAAGGUCUCUUGGUGUGGGGCUGUACCCUGGUGCGCUGGGGGAAAGCCCUUAUGACUGCCCCCACUGCCAAGUCCCGGCUGCCCUAUCACCGGGACUAGGUUCUCACCCACAUUCCCAAAAAGGCCAGUUCCUUUUAAAGGUGGUGCCUCCUUGGAGCCACAGACAUUAGGAAGAGAUGGUUCUCCCACCAGGCGGCCCCAGCUGGUACCAAAGAUACUGAAGCAGAGCUUGGGAGCCGAUGCUUUAAGCCCUGCCUUGUUUUAAUCCUUUUUCCUUUUUUCUUCCCUCCACCCACCCUUUUCUUCUUUUCAAGAAAAAAAACAUCAAUAUAAGAUAUAGAGUAAAGAGGGGAAGAUGCAUGUGUUAGCUCCUUGCUGCAGGUUAGUUAGGAAGGUACCGGGACAUCAUUGUAUUUCUUCAGACUUUGCUUUAGAACCACAAAGGUGCAGGAGGCAAGUCAGAAAUGCUCUUAGGCCGACCCGAUGAAGCGUUUCCUUCCCAUCGGCAUUAUUAUUUUGUCUGUGUUCUAUUUCGUAUUGUUAUUUACCAGAUAUUUUCCUUUAAAACAGACUCAUUGUUUCAACUUUAAAUUUGCUUAAAAGGGGGGACUUUCUUCCACCGCAGCCAGUAAAGGACAACAUGUAUCACUCGCUGCCAAAAAUAGAAAGUGGCUGUGAAAAAUACAUUUGCGGGGGCGGGAGGGGAGGAGGCGGUGGGGAACGGUGGGAGGGCCUCUGGGCCCCUGUCGCCGAGGCUCAGAGCCUGAGCCCUGGCUCUUCUCCAUUGUAAAAUGAGACAAGCAAGCGUUGCCGGGCGUGUUACAGCGAGGUGGGCACCACCCCAGACCUUCUCCCUGAACCAUCCCUGGCUGGAAGAGGAGGAAGCGAGAUCCGCCCCUUCUCCGGCAGCCGGCUGGCCCCGCCCCCAGCGAGCUGGGAACGGCCCACCUGCCCACCUGCCCAUUCUCCGGAUGGAGAAACAGGCUCCGGGAGUUCAAGUGUCUUGCCAAAGUCCUUGAUCUUGGUGUGCGUGGUGUGUGUGUGUGUGUGCGCGCGCGCGUGUGCAGUGUUUGGGGGGGGGGGUAGCAGUCAUGAUUAUGCCUUGCUGUUUUAAUAAAGAAUUCUAUUUUCAUAUAAUCUCAAUGAACGGAAAAGUGCUGAGAUGUAUUAAACCAUCCUUGUUUAUGGAA